AUGGCAAGUAACAUAGAGUUGUGUUCUGAAGAAGGGGGUCAAGAGGAGGAAGAGCACAGAGAGGAUUGCUUCACAACUGACCUUUCCACAUGUCAAAGGUUAGAUGAGGAUAUGGCAGAGGUCAAGGAUAACAUCGGUAAAAGUGAUUCUGAAGAGGAGGAAAAAGAAAAAGACACCAGAGAGGCUUUACAAACUUUUAAAAGAAAAGAUUCGUCAGAAAAUAUUGUGAUAGAGAUCAGACCUACUGCCCAUACCCCCUCCCCACCCCCUGUAGGACUGAGGAGGUCAGGCUCCAUGGAGAAUGUGUCAGCUAAAGACUACUUGGUAGUAAGAGCUAAUCGGAAGCUAAAAAUCAAACAGAAAAAUCUGGAAUUACAAAAUGAUACUUCUUUAGAUGUGGAAGAUAAAUUCAGGUUCCCAACUGAGUCAGCUACUCCUAGUCAAGAAAUCAUAUCGGAACCAGGUUCAGGGAGUGUUUCACAGAGUCAAGACAGUUGUGGAAAAGUAGCCCCUCAAGAACUGAGGGAAAGUGUAUGUGUUCAAAGUGAAAUAACUAGUCAAGUGAAAGAUCAAGAUGAACUGAUUGAAGAACAACAGGAAAGUGUUGAAAAAGAACAAAUGGAAGAGAAGCACACACAGGAAGAAAAAGUUCCUGAAGCUGUGGGUAAUGGUGAAAAAACAGAAGACAAUGAAAAUGAAAAUGUGCAAGAAACUAGAACAGCUACGGAGCUCAGUACAGAUAAUAAAGCUGAAAACCAAUCAGAUUCUACUGAGAAACUUGAAACAGAUGAUGCUAGCAACCUAAAAGAAGCAAAAAAUGGCCAACUAGAGCAAGAAAUUGAAUCUUAUCCAAGUGUGGUAUCAUCUGAAUCUCGUGAUGUAAACAACUUUAGUCCUUUUUUCCUAUCAGAUGAUGAGGAAGGGGACAACAUUCAAGUAGCGACAUUUUGUAUGCCGAGUUUUGAUGAUGAUAUUGAUGAACUUCUCCAAGAUAUACCGGAGGAGCAGAGUGAAGAAGAAAUAUCUGAGUCUGAGAAUGACAAAGGAAUAAAUGACAAUAAAAUGCAAUAUCCCCAGAAAAAUCAGCCUUCUACUUCAAAUGAAAAUCCCUUUCACCAAGAUGACCCUAUUUCUAUAAACGUACAUGAAAAUGGAACAUUUGAAAGUCCCAUGAGUAAGGUUGCUGGAGAAGAUAUGUGCAAGCCAGAAAAUUCUUCACCUAAAAAUGAGGAUAAAACAGAAAUUUCUCAAGAGCAUAGUUUCUCACAGCUUGGAAAUGAAACAAUUUGUGAAGAUCAAUAUUCAGCCUCUUCUACUGAAGCUCAAAGCGAGAAAACAAUUUUAUUUGAAGAUAACAACACAGCUGAAUUGUCAAAUACAUUAACAUUAGAAACAAAAAACAGUGAUUGGGAAAAUGAUGAGAGUCCCAAGACAUACUCGGUAGAAAAAGAGGGAUCAAUAUGUGAAAGAGAUGACACUACUUGUAUGUUUAAGACAACUUUAGUAAAUGAAUCAAUUUGUGGCAAUCUUUCACAUAAAGCUGUGGACAAUAAAAUGGCCCCUGAUACCAAAUCUACAGACAAUGUUAGUGAUACAAACCCUGAUAUCAGUACCCUUGUAAGUAACUCAGACUUAAUAAAAACAAAAAAUGAAUCUGUCCAAAUGCAUGACUUUGAUUCCAAGUCACAAAAGCUGGAACUGGAUAUAGAAAGACCAUCAAACCAACUUAAUUCCAUGGAAAAUCAAAAGGCAAAUGAUUCACAGACAGACACACAAACUGAGUGUUCACAUUCAGGUCUACACACAGAAGAAAAACUGACAGAUGAACUUCAAGAAGCACAUCUCAAUACAAAUUCUUCUUGUGAAGAUCCUCAAGACACCACUAUGAUUGCAAGCAUAGCUACUGAAAGCUCAAAAGCAACUGUUCAGCAUACAAGCUCAAAUGAAAUUUCCAAAUCAGACAGUUCAUCAAUGAAGUGUUCACAUGAAGAGGUAGAAAGCACUACUUCAAGUGAAGAUCAAGUGAAAAAUACUUUAGAGUGUACAACCACCACAAUGGAACAACUGGCACUACCAGAAUCAAAUCAAACCAUGUCACCAAAAGACAAAAAUACAGAUUCUUAUAGUACCUUGACUAAGAAUGUUUCGCCUGAAAUGAAAAACCAGUGCCUUACAUCUCAAAGUGAAUCAUCAACACCUGAAAAUAACAUAACUAGCAUCUUAGUUCAACCCUCAACAUCUGAAAACAUGUGUUCUGAUAGUGAAUUAUCUAAAGCAAUGUUAACACCUGACAAUGAACUAACUCAAACUACGACAACACCAGAAAACAAUACCCAAUGUGUUGAAAAUGAUCCAGAUAUAAAGAAUGUAUGUGUAAUUGUGUUAAACUCUGAGAAAGAUACAGAAAUAAUGGCUCCAACCUCAUGUAAUGCAAAAGAAACUUCAUCCUCUGAGGUGUCAAAUGAGGUGCCUGAUAAAUGGGAAUCUUUCAGUGCAUCAACAAAAUCUUCCAAUUUGGGUGAUUCCUUGGAGUCAGAUGAAGAGGAGAGUUUUGAAAUUGCACCAGUAGAUCUCACUUCUAACAUUCUCUCAGAAUCAGAUCCUGAAUCUCAGAAUGAAAAUCAACCACAAAAAGAAGACAAUAGCAAUUUCGAAGUUCUAAAACAUGAGCUCCUAAAAAAUCUAAAACUUAAAUCCUGUACUAAAACAGACUCUGUGACAACAGAUGGUGACUAUGAAGUAGAAGAAAUCAUGAGAAAUGAAGUCAUUAAUGAUUCAGAAUUGUUCCAACCCAUAGCCUUGGUAGCCACAGAGAUCUGUAAUGAAUUUACAGAUGACUCCACUAAAGAGGCUGUUUUUCUGGAUGGAACACCAGCACCAGCUGAAGACAGAGAUCAGACCCUGGGUAGGUGGUCAGACAGCUAUCUGAGUGGGUGUACCAGUGGAGAAUCGGUUUACGAGGAUGCCACUGAUUCGUCAGGAGAAGACUACAGUACAUGGGACACUUUCCAGUGUUCUCUGAAUUUGAAGGAAUCCUUAACAGAGGCAGAGAAAGGGGAGGGGCCUCAUGUCAAAAUUGUUGAGGUUCCAUCAGAGGAAUUUCAAGAUGAUGAGGGAGACAUUGAUGAAAGCCAGCAGUAUAAGACUGUAAUCAACCUUGAUUCACUACAAGAGGAAACACCAGUUCAAAAUGAGACAAAAGUGGAUGAAGAUCAAGAGCCUUUCAUUGGUGAAAACAAAUGUGUGAUUGUCAUUGACAAAAAACCAAUGAAAAGGGACAAUUUAAAAUCUGUUCAAGCUGUUGAUGGACUGGGGGAAGAUGCUUCAUGUAUGAUGGUAGUGCCCUGGAAAAAGAGAACCCGAACAUGCCCAUGCAUUUUGAAGAAGAAACGCCUUCAGGCCAUGGCCAAAAAGUGUGUCAAAGGUCAUGAACAGGCCAGCCUUGUUAAUCAACGUAAAAAAUUAUAUGACAUAAUUCACAGCCUUAACAAAAAAGAGGCCAUCAGUUUACCCAAUGCUGCAGACUUUGACAACGACAUGAUAUGGAGGUUACUCAAGACAUUAAUCACUCCUAAAGAGAAUCUGUUCUCUGAAAAUGAGGCAGAAAAACCUACCAGUCCCUCCUCCAAUACACAAAAGGAAGAUCAGGUCAAGGUCUUCACCUUUUUACAUCCCUCCUCAAACAAGACCAAGUUUGAAUUCAUUCCUUUGAAAACUCCUAGGAAGAAAACCCUGCCUUUCAGUGUGAAGGAGUUGUUUAACAAGGAGGUCACCAAGGCCAGGAGGAAGAAGGAGGUCAACAGAGGGCUUAUUUUCUUAAAGAUGGUCACCGGGAAAAAUACAUUUAUCAAGGAAAAAGGUUCUCCAAGGAACAAAUUGUCAAAAAACAAAGAGGAUACAGAUGCCACCAUCAAGAGUCCAAAAAUGUUCAAAAUGUCUUCCACUCAACUGGUUCUGCCCAAGUUGAAUCUGAUUGGUCGAUCGCCCUGCCCCAGAUCCUCUGCCCCAUCACCCAAAGAGCUCCUGGAGACUAGUCUACUCAGCAAAAAGUCCCAAGAGAUUGAGGAAAUGAGCCAUGAUGCAUCCCCUACCCUCAACAGUAUGCUUUCUGUGGCUUUGGAGAUGCUCCACACCUCACGACUGGAUGAUGCCGAAAACCAGCUCUUGCGGUUAUACCAGAGAAUGCAGGAAAAACCAGAGGACAACACCAGAAUCCUGGUGCAGUGUCUGUCCAACCUGUCAGACAUCUGUGUCAGACGCAGUCGUAUGUGUCGGUCUAAUCAGAUGGAGUGGCAGUGGUUAGUGAUGCACGCCAUCGCUCUGUUACAAUACACUGUGGAAAUCUGUGAUUCAGAAAUAGAGGCCACCACAGACAAUCAGGAUGUGGAAUGGUUCCAGGAGUACCGCCAAACCAUGAUUACCAAAUGUAAGCCCCUGGAGGAUAGCUUUAAUCGGGCUCUGUACAACUGCCUGAAACACGAGGGCAGGAAGUUCAUGGAUCCUUUUCGAUCAUUUUCUUUGCCAAACACUCCCACAAUGCCAAACAGACUUGGGUUAUUCCCACUUGCUUCUAGUCAUCAAUUUUACAUCAAUCCCGGACUCAAUUACAAAUACUCUUCCACACUAAAUAAAGAGAAAAGGGAAACCGUAGAUGACAUUAGUGUAGGAUUAGACUGGUUGUCAAAGUUUUACAGAUACUGCAAUGAUCGUCUGCAGACUAAAAAUUUGGGAGACAUUUAUAAUAAACUUUUCAAGAAAAGAUCACGCGUGGACAGUUUGCGACAUGAAGAUGACACAGAAAGUGUUGUGUCGGAUUCAGCUGGAUCGCUGGACUGGGACCACAGUGACCUUCAGGGAAUCGAUGAACUAGAAACAGAGGAACCAGAGGAGUCCCCAGUCACUGAGCAAACUUUCGCUUUAGCUGUUGCUGAGUGUGAUAUGGAACAGAAUGGGUGGGAUUUCUUCUUAAAUGAAAGAAAAAAUUGCAAAUUUACAAGUGUGGUGCAAGUGGCUUCCCAAAAUCAAAAUGACACUGAAAAACUUGAAAAUAGAGCAAUAUCAAAAACCAAAGAAAAUGAAAAUGAAGUGAAAGAGAAGGAAAUUAUUUCUCCUUUACAUGAGCAUAGCAUCAAACAUACCCUGGCAAAAUCCUAUGCCAGGCUUGCUGAAAAAAUGCUUUCAGAAGGGGAUUUAGACAAAGCAGAAGUUCUCUUUGAACAAGUGUUGAACAUUAUUGAAGAGAUUCAUGAUGGAACAGCAGGGAUGUUGAGGUUUGGUGCAAAAAUCAGUAAAUUUCUUGGAACAAUAAAAUCAAAACAAGGCAAGACAGCAGAAGGACUUGAAUAUCUAAACACAGCUCUGAAAACCUACAGAGACCUCCAAGACAAUGCUUCCAACUAUGAGAUUGCAGUUGCUUUACUAGAACUAGGAAAUGGGUACAGUGUGGGCAAGAGCAAUGAUGAUGGUGUGUUUGAGGAUGCCAUUGCAGCAAUCUGUGAGUUUUUUGAAAAGGAUCUCUCUGAUGAAAACAUGAGUUCUAGCUCAAGUUCUGGGAAAUCUGACACUGUGAACUCAAGGACAGCAGAGGAGGAGGAGAAUAUAGAGGAAGCCAUUCACUGUUACAGGGAAGCUCUGUCCCUCCUAGAUGCAUAUGGAAGUGAAAACCAAAUGGAUGUUGUGGCCAAAUCGACCAUGAGACUAGGGGACUGUUACUUUAUGCAGAAGGACUAUGACAGAGCAUUAGAAUGUUAUGAAAAAUCGCUUGCUUUAUUUCAUUCUUCCAGCACCCUUGGACGUGAAUCUAUGAUAGAGCAUGCUCAUGUUACCUGUAUGGUGGGUGUUUGUUCAUUCAUGUUGCACAUGUAUCCUAGAGCAGUGUCCACCUUUGAUCUAGCACUGCACCUCAUUAAAUAUGCCUAUGGGCUGACAAGUACUUUCAUUCAUGCACUCCUUCUUUCCAUGAUGGGAAUCACAUAUUAUAAAAUGAAAAACUAUCACAAAUGUGUGACCAUGUGUUAUCAGGGUUUUGAGAUCUUCUGCAGCAUCUAUGGAGAAAAACUCCCUAUGCUACCAAAGAGGAAAUUCUGGUUAGUGUGUCAAAUAUUGUAUGUGAUGGGGAACUCUUACAACAUUCUGAACCUACACCAGAAGGCUGUGAAAUAUCUGACUGUGGCAAGAACUUUGAUGAUGGCUUGCAAGAUGAGAGAAAGAAGACAGUUCAUGCGAGUUCUUCAAGUGUUGGGAGACUGUUAUUUUGCACAAUAUGACUAUAAAACAGCUUUACAGUUCUAUAACGAGGCAUUAGAGUAUGGAGACUGUGAAAGUCAGGUUUCCUUUGAUGAAGUGUUUGAUCCAAAUGCCAUUGGUGACAACAUGACCAUGCACAAUCAACUGGUCAGCAAGUCUGCUGAGGCUCACAUCAGCAUGCAGCAGUACCAGAACGCGGUCCACUAUCUGGAACAGGCCCACGACAUGCAGGAAGACAUGGGCAAUGAUAUCAAAGAAGAUCUCAUACAUACUCUGACACAGCUGGGGCAAAUGCACUCCAGUGCUGGUGAUGUGGAACAAGCUAUUGACUCUUUUAAUGAAAGUCUAGAGGUAUACAGAGAAAUUCAUGAUGGAAAACUAGGUAAAGAAAUGUGUUCAACUUUGGGUAACCUGGCCACAAUGUGUUAUGUAAAAGCUUGUCUCUGUGAGGAGAUAGACAGUGAACUAGAAAUGAUUCUCACAACAGAGCAACAUUUCCAAGAUGCCAUGGCCCUAGAUCUCAACCCCAGUGUCUGUGUGAAGUAUGCUAACUUCCUGUACAGUCAAGCAAACUACGAUGAUGCCAUCAUGUACCUGGAGGAUGCUCUGGGGAUUGAAGGGGUGGAGGAUGCCUCUGAUAUAACGUACGGGGGUCUGGAGAAGGUGACCCUCCCCGACUGUCUACAGGAUGAGGUGGACUCCCAAGAGGAGGUGGUCCUGUCCCCCACAGUCCUGGCACGCUACCUCCUCAUCCUAUCCCAUAAAGCAAUGCACCAGUCUGAAUCAGCCAUGCGUGCCCUCAUUGACCUUCAGGCUGAUGUCCUUGACCGAGAUAUUCCCAUUUUCUACUCUGUCCUUGGUUACGCUAUGAUGGAAAUGUCCCUGUUUGAAGAGGCCAUGUGGUGCUUCUCUUGUGCAGUAGACAUUGAGAGUGAUUACAGACUGGCACUAGACAACUACAGUCUGUGUUUAUGUAUUUAUCUUUACAAAACAUUCAUUAAGGGAAUCGAAGCUAUCUGUCAACAUGCUGGGUUACCAUGCUAUUACAAUUUGUAAAAUUACAAUUUGUAAAAAAAAAAAUCUCAUAAUAAUUUAAUAACUCUAAAUUGUGCAGAAUUCAUUCAUGAUCAAAGAUAGUGGCAUCAAGAGUCUUCCAGUUUUAAAAUUUUCUUUUAAACUACAAAUGGAAAUAAUCAGCAUUGUUUUUACAUGUACUACAGUAUCAAUUCAGAAACAUAAUGAUCAUUUCAAUAAAGAAAUGUAUUGAGGAGUUCCAUAAUCCCCACUGUUCAAUUUGGAAUGUUGUUCAAUAUUUUUGUUAAUUAAUGGAGUAUACUGCAUAAGCCUCUAGAUAAUUUUUUUGUCCCCAUUUUAUUUUUGCCCAUUUUCCUCCUCAUUAAUGAGGAAAUUCAAAAUGUAGUGAAUUCAACAAAUACAGAUAUUCUCUUUAGAAAGUAACUGCAUUUGUGCAGAUUUAAAGGGGGUGAAUUUGUGUGUUAUUGAUUAAAAAUUAUAUGGAACAAAAAUAACCCUAUAUACAGUAGGUACUCAUAUAAAGCUGCCACGUAAUUCUCAUUUUCUGUAAAUUAAAGCUAGUGAAAAUGACGUUCAAGCUUUUUGUAUCCAUUGUUAUUAUUUUUUAGACAGGGUCAUUAUAAAGAUGUAUAUCCUUUCUCUGUGAUAUGAAGUCAGCAUUUCUUGUACAUAUAUAAUUGUUGGAAAAUAUGGAAGCUUUAAUAAUGUUAAUGUGCACAUUUUAUUUUAAAAUGUUUUGCGUUUGUUUUUAGUUUUAUUAUUUGUGUGUAAACACAAGCAAGUGCUAAGAAUUGUUGUACACAGAGACUUAAUUUUGUGUACUAAGUUCUUUAAAAAUUUCUAUGAAAUUAUAACACACCAAGAAAAUUAUGACAAAUGGAAAAUAUGAGAAUAAUAAUUGGUAUAUUAACCCUUUGGAAUUUCAAUGUAAAAA